AUGUUUAACUUCGGAACAAGCUCCUCUUCCACUUUGAAUGCCAACCAAGACACAAAGCAGCCGGGCAACUUAUCGUUUGGAAGCCUUAAUCUUUCAACCGGAGAUUCUCAAGGCUUCAAUGUAUUUUCAUCUUGCAUGCCCACGCUGGACAUGGUCUUUAAGCGGGACAACGUACAGCCUGCUAACAACCAACUAGUAGAUAGUAAUCUUAUGUUUGACUUUCGGCAACCUAAAGUCAAUAACCCUCCCAUUCAGCCUCCAGUGGCCACUUUGGCAAUGACUUCUGACUCAACUUGUCCAGCAACUCCAGAACCGCAGCCACCUUAUGCUUCAGAGCUGUCUUCGGACCCCGCAAGAUUAGCAGAAUAUAUAUCCAAGUACGCCCAGACCGUUGGUUCAUCCCUGUCCACCGCAGUCGUAAGGAAAGAAGUCUGCACUAAUCCCAUCAUUAAAAGGUUCUCUCAUUCAUUAGUAUCGUCAGAUAAUUCUCGCGUUUAUGGACUGCUUAAUACAUCCACAGGGGCAACUCUUCUUACCGUUGAUAUUGCACAUAGAAAUCAAGUAUCCAAACAGAGAUUAGACAUCACUGACUAUAUAACAGAACUUAUUGUAGACCCAUUCGAUAAUAAUCUGAUACUGUUUUCACAAUCUUCUAUGAUCGUGCAUCUUUUGAACCGCUCUACUGGAAAAGUUAUCAAUUCAUAUUCACACACGUUUUCUUAUUAUCCCUAUUUUUCUCAGCUUCAUAGAAAAACAUAUCUCUUUUUGCUGAUGCCGAAUGAAGCCAUAGCAGGAAUUGCUAUUUAUAUUUUAGAUUUAAAGACACAAAAUCUCCACCAAUGCCCUGUCCCCAUCUUCACCUUCGAGUUCCUAGACAAAGAAGUAUGUAGACUAGCUGAUAGUGAUACGUACUCCUUCUCCAGCACCGAUGUCACGCGAGCAUACAUCUGUCCCUUUGGAGCCUCAACAGAUUGCCUAAAUAUGUCCUCAUCAAAUCAGCUACCUCAGUCUCAGUCAUUUCUAUUCGAGGAAUCUGUCUUUUAUGUCGGUCUAGAACUUUUGCUUCCUUCAAAUGAAGUCGCGUUGGUUCACUCAAUGGUAGGCCCUAUUCUACUAGAACCGAUUAAGCAGCGUAUAGCCUCGCUAUCAAAGAUCAAGGCAAGCGACUCCAUCAAGAUGAUAUCUUCAGAUAACUUUUCCGUCGAUUUUUAUCUGGUUCAGCAGAUCCAGUCACUCGUCAUUUCCAGCGAAGAACCUAAGCACCUCAUCGGCAUCAUUCCAGUGGCUGUAUGCUCCUUAGAUGAUGACGUUUAUAGUCAUUUCUUUCUGUGCAUGAGCUGGGCAGGUAAGCAAACGUCGGCUUCUCUAUAUGAGCUUUGCGGGGCCGAAAACUUUUUGUAUGAAUGCAACAAUCCCAUCACAAUUUCACUCCAGGAUGCACUGUGUUCUUACAAAGACGAGGCCAUCUGCAUCCAUCGUGUGACCGCGUUCAGAAGCUCUUUCAAUACUAACGGAAUUGGCGCCAAAAUCCUUCUACUGGGUACUAAAACGAUUGAGGACACGCUGCACGAGUUCACUGUGACAGUUUUCAAUGUUGCGAGUGCCUCCUUGGAAGAAACUGCAGUUACCAUCCAGGGAGAUUUCCCCGUCCUGCUUGGGUAUGACCCUACCCAUCAUUUUAUUCUUUGUGCAUCGGGAACCCUUGCAUCGAUAUCUAUCUUACGCAUGACCUCUCAGCCUCCUGUUGCUUAUGAUCCUCUUGUGUUCAACCACUCUACCACUCAAAUGUCAACAUCGUUACCUCAACAGACCACGAACUGGCUGUCUCGACUCUCGGCUAACAAGCUCUUUGAAGAGUCCCUGGCAUAUCUUAAAAGUACCCCUGUCACCCAGAUAGACCCCGACACCUUGAACGCCAAAUUGACGUCCCUUAAUGAGGUUAUUAUUGCAGUACUUUCUCAUUCUUUUCCGGGAGAAUCGUCAUUGAUAAAAGCUCUCUUGAAAACAACCGAAAGUUUACUCGGACAGAUCUUCAAAAAUAACAAUCUUCUAUUGCAAGCAAUGCAACAGAUUGAUACGAACCUUGUGCAAUUAUCCUGUGAAUGCAUCUCUAACAGUAGCAGUAUAGUAACAAAGAGUACUAACGACGAUACCAUAAGCAGCUACCUCUAA